AAAGUCCAGUUCGUGUCGGUUCAGUAUUUGGUCAAUCCGUAGCAAUGUCCCUCCAUGGAUUAAAGUGGCAAUUCAGAGGAAAGCAAUUGAAACACGCAAGCUCUAUUCAUGUGCGGUUAUAGUUUUACCGCAGUAAAGUGCAGAUACACAGGCAAAUGAACAAAUUUUACACAUCCCCUUUUUUUAAACGCGCCUUUCGACCUUGUAAGCACUUUACAGGUGAAUCAGUGCUGUUUUCGGGGUGGAAAAUAUUGCUUCAUUGCAAAUCGGGAGGACGGAAUACGCAGUCGGAUACCAGCUGAAUCAACAAAAAAAAGUGGUCAAUUUAAUGCCAGGGCAAACGCAUGUUUGAAUUGAAGCGAAAUGAGAAGUAUAUAGCAAGCUGUGCUUUUUUUAAAGAAACGAUCAGAGGGAGUUUCCUUUAACAGCUACCGAAACCUACCACUGAAAUUGACGUCUCCGGAAGUGAAUUGUUAUCGAGGACAGAAACACAGGGAUAGAUCGGAGAGAGGGAGUAAACCAGAAGCUGGGCUCCGCCUGCCCUUGUGUGUUUGAGGGAGAGGGAGAGGGGGAGGCCAGAGAUCUUGACGCUGCUACCGCUUUGUCCUGUGUUCCUGGGGCGGUCUCUGGGCACAUCUUCCCCUUGCCUCCCCGGGAACUCCCCUGCUCACAUUUAACCUCGUCCGCAGGCGGCACUGGGCACAGUUGUACUUCAGCGCUGUGUAAGAUUCGCCCUCCCAGCCCGGUGGUUUUGUGCAAGUCUGGCCUCUGACCGAGAUGUCGCUGCCCUGCUGUGUAUCGCAGCUGGCCUGUUGCUGUGGUUCCAGCGACUGUUCUCUCUGCUGCAGCUGCUGCCCAAAUAUUAAAACCUCCACAAGUACUCGCGUCAUGUACACUCUCUACCACAUUCUAGGAACCAUUGUCUGCUUUCUCAUGUUAUCGCCGAGUGUGGGUGAAAUGCUCAAGACGCAUGUUACCUUCUAUGGAGAGUUUUGCAAAACUAUUAAGGCAGGCACUGAUUGUGAAAGGCUUGUGGGUUACUCUGCUGUUUAUAAGGUCUGCUUUGGAAUGGCCAUAUUCUUCUUCAUCUUCUUCCUGAUAAUGAUCAAUGUGAAGACCAGUAAAGAUUGCCGAGCUUACCUCCACAAUGGGUUCUGGUUUGUGAAACUCGUAGUGCUGGCUGGAAUGUGUGCUGGAGCUUUUUUUAUACCAGAUCAGGACACAUUUCACAAAGCAUGGCUAUACAUUGGUGUUGCUGGAGCCUUCCUCUUCAUUCUAAUCCAGCUCAUAUUGCUCGUGGAGUUUGCACACAAAUGGAACAAAACCUGGUGGGCUGGAACAGCAAACAAUAAGUGUUGGUACGCUGCUUUGGCCUUAGUUACACUCAUUCUUUACUCAGUUGCUGUCUGUGCUGUUGUUCUGAUGGUGAUAUUUUACACUGAUCCUGAAGGCUGCACACUAAACAAGAUUUUAUUGGGUGUCAACACCAGCCUCUGCUUCAUCGUCUCCAUGGUAGCAAUUACACCCUGUGUUCAAAAAUAUCAGCCUAACUCAGGUCUCCUGCAGUCAGGAGUAAUCAGCUGUUAUGUAAUGUAUCUUACCUUCUCUGCGUUGGCCAAUUCACCUCCAGAAUAUGUUAUGAAGCAAGGAGUGAACACUACAAUAUGCAUUCCUCAGUUAUUGGGCAAAGGCCUUCAAACAGAUGACAAGCUUGUUUCUGUGCUGGGAGCCAUUAUCAUGUAUGGCUGUGUGCUCUAUGCCUGUCUAACGUCAACAACUCGUUCCAGCUCAGCUACCCUGGGGGUGAGCACUGUUCCAAACUCUAAACCAACUGAAGCUCGCUGCUGCUUCUGCUUUGUACCAGAUGAGGAAGCAGGUAACUAUAAAAUCGAUGGAGCGGAGAAGGGAAUCCAGAAGGUGAUCCACAAUGAAAACAGCGGCGUUGUGUACAGUUACUCCUUCUUCCACUUCGUCUUUUUUCUUGGCUCCCUGUAUGUGAUGAUGAUAUUAACAAAUUGGUUUCAGUAUCAUGAAGUUAAUUUAGAAAACUUGUUUGAGCCUCAGAACGUCUCUACCCUCUGGAUUAAGAUGGCUUCCUGUUGGCUGUGUAUCUUGUUGUUUUUAUGGACCCUCAUUGCUCCCAUGUGUUGUCCAGGCCGUGAAUUUUCAGUCUGAUUUUGGUUUUACUUUCCCCAGUACUCCAGUUUUCUACGUCCCUCUUUCAUCUGCUCUAGUCAUGUUAAAUACCUUUUUUACCCAUCUUGUUGCAUCGUAGCUGAGCUAUUGACUUGUUUUUAGUGUACUGUAAUAGUCCCUGUCUAGAAACAAUCUCUUCUAUGUCAGUUAUAUUUCUACAAGUUUCUAUAGAGAUAGCAUUUAGGAGUGGGGUUUGUCAUCCUCAUCGGUAAUUCUUAAGUUUGGAAAACAUGCAAUGUUGGUUAGAUCUAGCAGUUCAAGUGGCAGGGCCAGUGGGAUAUGAGGAUGAGUGAUUAUGAAUGUUACAUAGAACAGGAGUUCUGAAAAUUCAUGGGAAUAAUGCUGGAUGUUAUUUGUAUUGAAACUGCAUCGGAAAGAUCAGUAAUUACACGUUAUUGUUCAAAUCACAGUACCACAUUAUGUAUAGAUAGAAAUGUUAUGUACACUGACAUACAAAGUAACCUAAAGGUUUAAGAAGGGCCUUAAUUAAAUUGCAGUCUAAGAAGUUAUCACUGGAUUUGUAUCUGUCCCAAUUUACACUGAUGUUAUUUGUCUAUAAGUCUGGGUAAGAGUGGCUCUGAUUCUACACCCUGGCAACUUCUAGACUGCAAUGGAAACCUGAAAGUUCUUAGUAAUAACAAAAAUGUAAAAUAUCAAUUCUUUCCAUUCGAAUAUUGUCAAUGUGAUGUAGUCUGGAGUAAACUGGUAGGGAUUUUUACGAGUAGGGAUGUGUAAAUUGCUCAGUAUACAUAUAGACAAAAUGUGAAAUUCUUAUUCAAGGAUCAAUUUAAAUCUAAUGCAAGUGUCUCCCCGAUUUCUGAAUUUCAUUGUCUACCUCUCUCCACCCACACACCCACCCCAUGUGCUAAUGAUUUUGUUUAUUGCUCACUAAGAAGUGAAACCAUUUAAGAUAAUUGCAUCAGAACCAUGUGGUCAUGUUCCAUUUGUGUUACAACUGGGAUCAAAACAUUUUGGCUUGAUGUACCACAACCUGCCAACGAGAGUGAACUGAAAAGAUGAUGUCUGUUGAAAAAUGUUAAGGUGCUAGGGUCAAAUUAGAAAGUUGCACCUCCUAUGAUAAGUUAACAUACAAAGAAAUGGAAAAGGGUUGAUUGAAUGAGGUGUUUUGAUGCGGGUAUUAGUACAUAUUUAUUUAACUUGAAAGGUUUUUUAAUAUAGUAUUUGCAGAAAUUUCUAGCAUAAUGCAAAACAAAGUAAGUUAGUGUUAUAAUAGCCAUGUUGGCAUAGAAAACUAAACCUGGUAAACAGCAUGGCUGUAAACCUAUUGGAGUGAAGUGUUUAUGCUGCCUUUUUACCAAACGCUAGUCACAGUUUAGGCAAAUGUUUUCUUCCAUUUUAGCCAAGCAGUAACUGUUUUAGUGUGAAAAUCUAUUCUGAUCUCUGACAGGCCAAAUAAAGAAGCAGCCCACCUUAAAUCCCUUUAGGCAUUACAAAGUCAGAUUGACAUUGAGAAUGCUUAUACUCUCCGCCUUUUGCCACAGUGAACAAGUUUUAAAAGUUCAAAAUAUGUGAUUGUGCCAUUUGUUGCCUGGUUUCAGGAAGUAAAGGAAAUCACAUUUAAUCAUGUGGAAUAAUACACAAGGUUAGGAUUUUCUACUUCAUACAGGAACUGUGCAAAGUCAAGCUGUAUUUCGUAGAACUUCUUUUUUUUUGCACAGAAACCUGCACAAGCAAUCCACCCAAGCAUUGGACAUGCUGACACUGAGAACUGAAACCGAGCAUGUAAUUGAUGGUUGAGUCUUGUUCUGUCCUCAGUCCUGUGGGGCAAUGGGGUUUAAAAUGUCUUAUGAUGUUCCUAGGAUAAAGCUAAACAUCUUUACUUACCUCAGUAAUAUCAUAUCAGCUUUAUUGCCUGGUAGUAAUUGUUCCACGGAGUUCUUUUCUUCCACUCCUAGUGAGAGUAAGCUUGAAGUGAAGAAGUUAACUGCAGCUGUUCCUAAAGCACAUCGACAAUCAAAUGUCCAAUCAAUGAUCUGCUCACAUGCCAUGUUAACACAAAAGCAGAGCUGGCGAUUUACAUUUUCAACUUUACACUUUCAACUUUACAUAUGUUAGAAGUCAAAACCUUACGGCAACUUGUUUUUAACAUAUAAAAGCAAUUUGUUGCUGUACGUGGGUGGUUGGUACAUAUAAAUGACUGCAGCAGAGUGCAGAGUGCUUCUGUGCACUGGAGUCUUCCUACAGUGUUCCAUACGAAGAUAGCAAAAAUAUCUGACUCAUUCAUCUUUUAAGGUAUGCGGUACAUUUUGAGAGGAAUCGAUUAAUGACAUGAAUUUAGAGGUUUAGAGGUUGCACCUUUUCUUGUUUCUCAAAGUAGGAGAAUGAUAAAUGAGUUUAGAUCAAAACUGCAAGCAGCUUUUGUAGUUUUUGCUCACUGCAGUUGAAUGCUGGAAACUCAAAUAUAUGAAAGCAUUGCUUUAAAAUUAUGUGUGCUGAAGUACAGGCUGCAUUCAGACUACUUGGUUAACCCCUCUUCUGGGUUCCAAGAUAAAUGUAGUCUUUCUUGAUUGAUAAUUUCUCCUUUCAUUUGGUACGAAUGUUGUUGCUGAUGGAGUGUGAUUUGCGGUGGAUAUUGAACUAGUUUCCUAAGAGUUUUUAUUCCUACACUGGUGCUAAAGAUGGGCCUGCCUUUCCAACUGGGCUUCACACUUUCAUAUGGUGGACUAUUUUACAUCUCCAUGCCUCAGAUAUUCUGCAAAGUGCCUCAUUUGGCACCCAGUGUCUAAGAUUUAAGUGAUAAUAGGAACUGCCAAUGCUGGAGCAUCUGAAAUAACACGGGUGUAAUGCUGGAUGAACACAGCAGGCCAAGCAGCAUCA